GUAUGAGCGCCUCAACGCAAUUUGACCGAACAUUCAGCUCUAUGUAUGGAAGUAUGCGUAUAGGAGGACCCAACGUGGCUUGGUGCGCAUCUCAGAAUGAUGUCAAUCAAUAUCUCCAGUUUGACAAUAUUCUCGAUUACAAAGUUACUGGGAUUACAACAGUGGGGACUGGAAUGGUCCCAAGUGGAACAAAUGCAUCAUGGGUAACAAAAUAUCGCGUGGGUUACAGUAGCGAUGAAAAGGUCUGGUUGGAUUAUCUUGAGAACAGCAGUCCAAAGGUCUUUAGUGGAGGAAGUGACCACGUAGUUCCAACUAAACACCUUUUAAUAAACGCAUUUGUGGCUCGAUAUGUGCGUUUAAUUCCAACACAGUGGCAAAACUGGAUCUGUAUGAGAGUAUCCCUGCACGGCUGUGAAGAUAAUUCCUCGCCUGUUGGUGUUGAACAGCAUCUGAUCAAAGAUUUGAAAGGAUCGUUUUACCACGAUAACCCUACGUUUGGGCGUCUACAUCAACUCAAAGGGUUUAGAAGUUUGAACGAGUAUACGCCAUCUUUUUACCAGAUAGGGCUACAAAUAUCUGGAGUUGUUGUCAAAGCUAUUGCAAUGCAGCCUAGUUAUGUUAACGCAGAAGGUGUUUGGUCGUAUUAUUUGUCCUAUAGUCCGUCUGGUCAACUAUGGACCGAUUACUUAGAAAAUGGCAGUGCCCGUAUAUUCAGUGGAUUUCGAGAUCGAUCCAGGGCUUUAAGAGCUGUCUUGCUCCAACCAAUCACUGCUCGCUUUGUUCGAUUUUAUCCCACCAGAUGGAAACAAUUGCCCAGUCUCACAGUAGAGCUUUAUGGAUUCAAUGCGUGUACAAACGCACUGGGGCUGAGUACAGGUGCUCUAUCCAACUCUGCAAUAAGGGCCUCAUCGUAUCUGAAUGGAAAUGAGCCUUGGAAGGGAAGACUCGAUGCUAGUGGGAUUUGGUGUUCAGCGAUGACUGAAAAUACUGAUUCCAGCUAUUAUCUUCAAGUUGAUCUGGACUAUGAAACUAUCAUAACUGGAAUUAUAACCGUUGGGGAUGCAGCAACAUCAAGGCGUGCGCGAUCAAUAGCCGUUUCUUUCAUGGAUAGCAAAGGGUUUUGGGAAAUUCUUGGUACUUAUGUUGCUAAUAAUCUUGAUUAUCAUUUAACGAAAAUUUGGCUAGAGCGUCCGAUAAAUACCAAAAGAGUGCGCGUCAGUCCAUCAUAUGAUGAAAGACCGUGCAUGAAGAUUGAAUUACUUGGCUGCAAAGACAAGCACGAGAACUGUACCUACCCCAUCGGCAUUGAAACAGGUCUUAUAAAGAACGAGUCAUUAUCAGCUUCAAGCACAUUAGGGCCUACGUUUAAACCUUGGUACGGCCGUAUUAACGCUAAUAUGGAGGGCGGAGGAUGGUGCGCACGACUGAACACCAGCAGGCAGUACAUGGAGGUGGACCUGCUCGAAGAUUAUAAGAUCACAAGGUUUAUGUUACAAGGUGUUGGAUCAUCGUGGGUUGAUCUCUUCUCUCUUGAAUAUAGCCAUGAUAGGUUCGCGUGGACAACAUAUGAAGAGGCAAAUCAAGAAGCAUUUGCUGGGACAAGUGUCAAUCAUACCAUGAAGAAAAUCCUCGCGACGCCAUUUACUGCUCGAUAUAUACGUGUCCUCGCUCUGCAUUGGCAACUGUGGAUAUGUAUGAGAAUCGAGUUUGGAGGCUGUAGAGUGGAUGAACCACUUGGCAGUGAAAACCAUAAAAUAGAAAGUAAGGAUUUCUCAUCCCUUGGUGCUGGAUCUGCAGAAAGGGCAAGACUAAACGUAAAUAGUUAUUGGCGUGCAAAUGACAAUUCAGGAGGUGACGAAUACCUAGUGAUUACUAUAUGUCCUUAUGGACGAACCAUCACAGCUAUAGCCAUGCAGGGCUUUGAGCAUUUUGUGACCGUGUUUACCCUGGCGUACUCUAAAAACGGAGCCGAGUGGUAUGAUUAUGUAACUGAAGGAAAGAUCAAGAUGUUCAAGAACACGAUUGACAAUCACUUGGCAACUAGACAUGUAUUAAAAACACCCCUAAAAGUAUCAUGGCUUAAGAUAACUCCCAUACAAUCAUAUGAGAGACCGAGAAUAAGACUGGAGCUUUAUGGCUUUGACACAUGUAUAGACCCCCUCGGAGUUGAUUCCCUCCCGCAAUCCGCCUUCUCUGCAAGUACCUUCAAAACAGGCAAUGAGCCAUGGAGAGCAAAACUCGGGGCUGCUAUCGGCGAGCACUGGUGCCCAGAGACUCCUAACGACCAGUAUAUCGCCAUAGACCUUGGAAAGGUGUUUAUUGUCACAGCAAUAGGAAUAGAAGGCGAUGAAGUCGGUGGUAAUUUCGUUCAUACGUUUCACUUGGGUUACAAAGAGCAGGAACAUGAACAAUGGGUUAUGUAUAGCGAGUAUAGUAAUGAAGAUGCAUUUGCCGCGGAAUUAUUGAAAGCAACAAACGCUCGAAAGCCGAAGGUUUUAACCAAGUUAAGGCGCAAACUUCAAGCUCGGUUUGUGAAAAUCAUGCCUUACGAUAAGAUUGCAUUACCUUGUCUGCGUGUAGAGUUUUAUGGCUGCAAAGUUUGCAACACAGAUCUUGGAAUUGAAAUCUACGAGUUAAACGAUGGCGCCUUCACAGCAUCCGGGUAUUUAAAUUCCCAGACUGCUCCUUUUAUGGCACGACUGAAUUCCGCGCGGGGACUGGGUGGGUGGUGCGCAGGGAGGAGCGAAACACGACCAUACUUGCAAGUUGACUUAUUUUGGGUUCGUCAAGUUAAUAAAUUGGCAAUACAAGGUCUUCUAGACAAUACAUCAUGGGUGAAGACGUUUACAGUCUCGUACCGGGAAGAUGGCAAAGACUGGCAGAACUACGUUGAAAACACCGCAGUGAAGCAAUUCCAGGGAAAUGUUGACGGCAACACUAUCGUUACACAAGAGCUGAACAUAUCUAGGGCGAGAUAUAUAAGAAUACAUCCACAGACGUGGCACACUUUACCUUGUAUGCGACUAGAGCUGUAUGGUUGUGAAGCAAAGGGAGAAAACAGCAAAGGCAAACCUCUUGGCAUGCAGAAUAAACAAAUUCCAGAUGACGACAUUACUGCAAGCUCUUUCUUGAAGUAUUACGAACCAUACUUUGCUAGAUUACAUAGAAUAGGUAAUAAUGCUUGGUUCACAUAUGGAAGCAAUAAAAAGAGAUUUCUUCUUAUUGAUCUUGGGCUUGGAAAAGUUACUGUAUCAAGAGUUGUCACACAGGGACGUUGGCGUUGCUGUAACGAAAUAAGCCAGUUUUAUCUCGCCUUUAGUCGGGAUGGCCUGUUUUUCUAUCGGUUCAAUGAACAUGGGAAAAGGAAGCUUUUUAGUAGAAACAGAUUAAGGACGAUGUCUGCGCUAGUUGAAUACAACUUACGUCUUGAUAUCAUCACUCGCUACGUCAAGAUUACAUCAGCUGUGCCAUCGUAUAUCCAUAUUGGAAUGCGUGUUGAGGUGUAUGGUCAUCGAGAAACUCCCUACUCGCUUAUUACAAGCUCAGACGAAAGUGUAGAUCACAACGUCACCUCAACAGGGAACCUGACCAAUUCACAAGAACAUGGCAAUCCUUUAUCUGGCAUAUCUUGGUGCCCUGAAUUCAAAGAUUCCAACUCAUUUCUUGCUGUAACAUUUGCGAGAGAUGUCAUGAUUUCUAAUGUGUCAGUUGUCACUCAAAGCCUUGAUGGAUUUUUUAUGUACUAUGCUCCGUCAGGCCAGAGUUGGCAGGUACUCAAAUACCAGGGUGUAACUAAGAUAUUAUACAACGGGGCACAUGUACUCAGAAAAAGUAUUGCCGCACAGAAAAUCAAAUUCAAGCCGAAGAGUUGGCAAAUAUUGCAUUGUGUCCAAGUGAAUUUGUUUGGAUACGAGACUAACGAUCCUCUUCUCCAAAGAAACCAGCCUUCAUUUUAUACAAUGACAGCUUCUAGCGAUCAGCAUCCAUUCCAUCCUACUAACGGCGUCUUUAACCUUGACAAUGUCCAUCAAGGAUGGUGCGCAAGCCAGAACGACGCUGACCAGUACUUAAAAAUAGAUCUUCGCUACGUACAUGUGAUAAGUUUUAUAGCAACACAAGGUGUUCAUGUUACGGGAAUGGAAGCGUGGGUUAGUUCGUAUUCUGUCGAAUACAGUGAGGAUGACAUAAAGUGGCGUUGGCAUCAACACAAAGGAGAAAAGGCGAUUACGGUGUUUAAUGGCAAUACAAAUUCUCACCUGGUGGUUAAGAACGCCUUUCUUCCAGCACUCGUCGGUCGUUACGUUAAGAUACAUCCCGUUACAUGGAACGGGAGCAUAUGCUUACGAGCUGAACUCUAUGGCUAUUCAGGAUAUCUUGUAGCUCUUGGGAUGAACACUGGGUAUAUUUCCGAUAAUGCCAUCAGCUCCAGUGCAAGUUUCUCUUCACAGACACUACCAAACUUUGCUCGCCUUCAUCGAGUCAAGGAAUUGGGGGGCUGGCAGGCAAACUCGAGCAUUGAUAAGUCUUAUAUAGAAGUUGAUCUUGGAGCUGAUAUGAUGAUAACAGGGAUAUCUACUCAAGGACCCGGGUUAAUAGCAAACAACUAUGUAACUAGUUAUAACGUAUCGUAUCGUCGUGAAAACAGUACAUGGACUACUUAUCAGGAAAAUGGAACAACGAAGGUGUUUCCCGGUAAUACCAACCAAUUCGCCGUGGUGACACAUAUUCUAAACGAAACCUUUAUUUCACGAUUUGUCCGCAUCAUUGUUAACACUUGGAAUUUAGGUGCAGCACUGAGGUUUGAACUCCUUGGACAAGAAAUUCCUGUAAUAGAUGGGGGUUUCACAGAGUUUACUAACUGGACAACGUGCAAUGCUACGUGUGGUGGUGGUUUACAGUCCAGGACAAGGAACUGCACUAACCCUGUGCCACGAAAUGGUGGCCAAAACUGUACUGGACCAUCAGAAGAGAUCAAAGCGUGUAAUAUUCAUCUUUGCCCAGCACCAAAUGUUACUACUCCCAAGACGAUAGUAUCAACCAAUCAACUCACAAAUUUUACCAUAAACAACUGCAACCAAUCACAAAUAAAGACUAUAAUCUUUGGAGACGAGUCUGUAAACGUCACGACAAAUGAAUGCACUUUCCAACACCAUUAUCCUAAACCCGGAAUUUUUGAACUGAAGAUCAGCAUUCCUCGGCAUGAAUAUAGCACGCUCGUGCUUUACGUCCAAGAAGAGGUUAGCGGGCUAGCUGUCACAUCUACUAGCAUGUAUUCUUUGGUACGGGAAGAGUUUUUCAUUAACUGGAAGUUGUCAAGAGGAACACUGCCUCAUUUGGUUGUCAACUUCACAGAUGGCACAGACGUUAACAUAACCGUAAUAAGUAGUGUCUACGAUGUGCAUUUUGGGAACACCACCCACAAAUUCAUGAGCCCGGGCACUUAUAACGUGUCCAUCGUGAGUUAUAACCUUGUAAGCAGACUGGAAAUAUUCACAGUGGCAUUUGUACGUAUCCCAAUAAUUAUUUCCAGUAUCAACGUGGAAUAUCAUGGCAUCUUUGAUCUGUAUUAUCAGCUUGAUAAUAUGACAGUCAAUGUUACCUUACGCAGUGGAGACUUGCCAACUUAUCGAUAUCAUAUGGGAAACGGUGUCAUUAUUUCUAGUGUAUUUCAAUAUUUAAACUACACUUAUCCAAACCCAGGGACGUAUAACUUAACGGUUGAGGUCAGCAAUAAGGCUAGCAGUGAUAACAUUACUAAAGUGAUCGAGGUUUAUCCUGUGGUUGCUAUAAACGACAAAGCACAUGUGGCUGCAAACAAUACUGUGAUUUCGACGCCAACUUUGGUUCAAUUCGACCUAGAUACUGCAAACCCGUAUGAAUGCAUUUUCAGCUUUGGCGAUGGGAAAUCGUUAAGAGUAUUAUCGACUUCCAACCUAACCAAUGUAUCCAACAUCUACGCAGUUUCUGGAACUUACACGAUAACAGUUCAAUGCUCAAAUGCGCUGAGUAGUAAAACUUUGAGCGUCGUUGUUGUGAUACAAGGAACUAUCAAAGGUCUUGUGUUUGUUAACGAUGGACCUAAAGAGAUGAAUGAGACAGUUACCCAUACAGCUACUGCUGAAGAUUGGGGCACAGACUCUUGCAUUUAUGUUGAGUUUGGCGAUGGUUCGUCUGCAGGUAUCGGAAAACAGCACUGCCAGACAAAAUACCCCGGCAUAACUUUCAAAGAGAAAAAUAACUCGACGUUUAUAUUCCAAAAUAUGUACUACAAAGUGAAGGUUUUUUACACCUCCAUUCACGCAUGGAACUUACUUUCGGAAUUUAAGGAACAAAAGAGAUUGCCAAUCCUGAAGAUUUCAUGUGGCUACCCAAACACAUCCAUUGUUGGGCUGUCCACCGACAUUGCAUCUCCAACUAAUAUCACAAGACUAACAGCUCUAACACUUGAGUCGGUUACUAAUGUGGUAUGUAAGGCGACAAAUAUCAAGGUAUUUUCCUGGACUUACUUCAAAACAUCUACCAGCAAGGAGAAGGUUGGAAUUGAAAAAAGUAUUUCAACGACAGAGUCUACAUUUCUUCAACCAAGUAUACUUGACUAUGGUCUUCAUGUUGUUCGGUUUAAUGUCAGUAUGUACAAACAAGCUGGAAUUUGGUCAAUAGCAGAUGUCUUUCUAGAUGUCGUCCCAAAUGAUUUAGAUGUUAAAAUAGAUGGGGGUCAAGAAAUUGAACGGGCAUUUGACAAAACUGUAUAUUUCGAUGGCGGGUUAUCCAAAGACCCAGAUUAUCCAAGCAAAUCAUCACUUUUUCUGCACUACUGGUUAAUUACCAUUGAUACAAGUAUGACUGAUUCGGAUGCCAUGGACGCCACACUUGGUAGACCAAUUGACGAUUCUCCUCAGUACAAUGAAGAUGAUUUUUGUAAUAUGUCUUUACCACGUCGUUUAUAUAAAGGUAGCUCAAGGAUUACUCUUUUCACUGGUAAAUUAGAAGUAAAUCAAACCUAUCUAAUAUUCUUGGUGAUAAAAUUAUCCGUGAGUGGAGUUACUCGAAGGAACGCUGCUUCUCAGCUGAUGACUGUAGUUGUUGGAGAUCCACCCGUGUGUAAUGUCAGAUGUUCAACAAACUGCAAAUCCAAAGUAAUUUUGACAGAUAAGUACUCAUUAUCAGCAUCUUGCGAAGAAGAAUCUUCAAAGAUUAUCACUUACAGUUGGGAGAUGCACAUUCAAGAUGCUUCUAAUCAAUGGCUACCUUUAAAUAAUCUCCAGAACUUAACUUCGACUGCUUUGGAUAAUCAAAACAUAGUUAUUAAACCAAAUGCACUUUUAGGCGGUAGAAAAUAUCGAUUGAUUAUGAAAGCCAAGAUUGUUGGUCGAAGAACUGGUCGUGUAUCGAUGCCGUUCAUUGUAAAUGAUCCACCGUAUGGCGGAAAAUGCACGGUAGAUUUUCCAAGUGGUUUAGCUGAUCAUACUAACUUUACAUUCAAUUGUUUUGGAUGGAAAGACGAUGAUGUGCCAUUGACCUACGAACACAGCUAUCGUAAUUCAUAUGGCCUGGCCACUACUCUUUAUUAUGGUUUCAAGACUAAAAUAACCUCCAUGCUGCCCGUCGGUGAUCCCACUUCAAAGUUUGUGAUCAUUGUUAACGCUAGAGUUUACGACUCGUAUCGUGCCUAUUCCGAGUAUCAGUUGCCAGUUGAGGUAAAACUACCGCCAACACCAAAGGGAGCUUUAUUGGAGGAUUUGGAAUCUGAUUUAUCUUCAAAUAACAGCGAGGCCAUGAAAUUGCUCAGUAAUGGUAAAGUCCAAGAAUUCGCACAAGUUGUCAACGCUAAAAUGUCAAUCGUGAAUGCACUUUCCACCAGUGAGAAGACCGAAGAAGGCAGAAAGAAAGGACAGGAGAUGAGAACUAAUGUUUUGAAGAACCUCCAUUCCGUAACAGUUGACAGUUUGCAAGGAAUAAACCAAAUUGGGCCUACAUUUGCAGCUACGACCAUCGCCAAAGACGAGGUUCCUUUAGAUUCACAAAAACUGAUCCUGGAAUCCUCUGAAACCAUGGUGAGUCUUCUCGAUUCCUCGUUUGAAGAUGGAGUAGGGACAUCGGAUGUAAAGGAAGCGUCAACAACGCUAGCAUUUCUCAUGGGAAACUUGAUGGCUGCCUCGGGUGAUUCGGCAAAAGUGUACGGAUCUCAAAGUCCAAAAGACAGUGGGUCUGAUAUUGAGAGCGCAAGAAAAGCUGGCAAGGAAAUAGCGAAGCAGUCAACUAAGUUAGUACAUAAAAUGACUAAGAGCUUGCUGAACUUCAAGGUUGCUGGAGAGGCACCAACUGUUAUCAAAUCGCCAUCAAUGAGCAUUGUGGUGUCUCGUCAACAACCGAGUCAAAUGGGGAACAAAACAUUAGGAGACGGUGAAUCGCAAGUAGAUAUGCCUCCUUCUGAUGAAAUUUUUGGUGAUACCAUGAAAAAUAGCUCAUUUGUUGAUGCAGAGUUCCUGGCGUUCCCCGAAAACCAUAAUACUUGGGACCCAAGCGCCGAGGAUGUAUCAAGUACUGUAAGUCUAAACCUUAAGACGGAAAACUCAACCGAAAUAAAAGUGGAUGGAUUAUCGAAACCGUUCUCGAUGUACAUCCCAAGAAAGGUCCCUGAGCUUUCGCCGGUCAGCAAUGCGACAUUCAUUGGCAAGGAGAUGGGAUCUACCGCUUUUCAUAGGUACAACUGGAGUAUGGAUAGUAUCCCUCUUCACAUCAUCUUUCUAGCAAACUACUCAGAUGUGAUCAUAGAUGUAUAUUUUAAAUACAAAGAACGCCCAAAUGUCAAGAGAGACCCAUUAUAUGUAACUAUACCAGACCAAUCCUUUUGCACAUCAGACUCUUCAGGACUACAGAAGUGUUCUCAAGAGGCGUAUGCGAUAUUAGUUAAUGAGUCUAUAGUAAAAGAGACUGGAAAUUACUACUUGGCGCUAAAAAUGAAAAGGCCUGGUGGUGAACCUCAGAGUCGGACAAGAAGAGACUGCGGCACUUACAAGCGUCAAAAGCGAUCAUGCCUCAAAUAUAAAGAUCCUCCAGAGCGACCACCUACCCUACCCCCUGGAGUAGACAUCUCUAAGGCUACUUUUGUUGAUAAUGUUCCUAAAUAUGAUCCAGAAAAGCAUAUGGCAUAUUCUCUAACGACCAUUUACUCACCUUGUAAAUAUUGGAACGAAAAAAAGGAGGUGUGGACAACAAAUGGGUGCAAGGUUGGAAAGAACACAAAGCUUCACGCAGUCCAUUGUCUCUGCAACCAUCUAACCCAGUUUGGUGGAGGUUUGUUGGUUGCUCCAAACCCAAUUGAUUUUGACCAGGUCUGGGCAGGAUUUGGAAACAUCUCGGACAAUCUUGCAGUACUUCUGACUAUCUGUACAGCCUUUGCUUUGUAUAUUUUGAUUGGAGUCUUAGUGCGUAAGAAGGACAAGAAAGAUCUUCUUAAGGGAGGUGUAACCAUUAUUGAGAUCGAGGACGGUCGUUAUCUUGGUGCCAACAGUAAUGAUUAUCAUAUAACGGUACAAACUGGAUCUUGGCAAAACUCAGCUACAACAGCUAAAGUCUGUAUGAAUAUCAUCGGACAAAAAGGUCAAAGUGGUACUUUGUCUCUCCAAGAUGACACCAAGCACCUUUUUGCUCGAGGUGCUACAAAUGAAUUCCAGGUCACUUUACCAUCAAGCCUUGGACCUCUUCAGUACUUAAGAGUAUGGCAUGACAUGUCUGGUGAAGAUUCAUCUUGGUACCUGAGCUACGUCAUCAUUCGGGAUCUUAACUCUCAGCAACAAUGGAUUUUUGUAUGUGACCGCUGGCUUGCGCUUGAUAAGGACGACGGGCUUGUGGACCGCUUGAUAAUCGUAAGCGGUGAUAAGGAAUUGAAAAACUUCAAGACAUUAUUUCGAACAAAGACCUCUCAGGAUCUAUUUGACGGUCAUUUGUGGCUGUCAGUCAUAGGUAAACCGCCGAAAAGCAGUUUCACUCGGCUCCAACGUCUAUCUUGCUGCAUGUCCUUGCUUUUUACGACAAUGAUGACCAGUGCAAUGUUUUAUAAUCUACCUGGUGGAGCUACUGAUGGAUCCUCUGUUGCAAUCGGUCCAUUAAGAUUCAGUAUAAGACAAUUAAUGAUUGGUAUUCAAAGCAGUUUCAUUGCACUUCCUGUAAAUGUUAUCAUCAUUCAGAUAUUUCGAAAGGCGCGACCAAAACCAGAAAAAAAUGACCUUGAUGAUGUACAAGGUACCGUUUUCGAGUUUGAUGGAAUCUCUAAAUGUGAAAAUAAGCCAGAAUACAGCAAUUCUGAGGAGAAGCAAAAACAAGAAGGAAUUCCAUAUUGGACCGUAUACAUUGCUUGGACGCUCUGUUUUCUGAUGACUUUAACGUCAGCCACCAUAACAUUAUUCUAUAGCAUGAUGUGGGGAAAGGAAAUAUCCGAGCAAUGGCUUACGUCUAUGCUUGUGUCUUUUUUCCAAGACGCUUUUGUAACUCAACCAAUUAAAGUGUGCGGAAUCGCUCUUUUUGUGGCUGCUGUAUUAAAAACACUUCCCAGUGAUUUCCAAAAUGCGAGUGCAGGUAAGAAAGUGAAUGACGAGGGGACGUCGUCCGAGGCCAGUGAUUUUCAUCCCGAAGCCUGCGUUGACUUUGAACCACCAGACCCAGAGAUGAUUGAGAAAGCAAGACAACACAAGCUAAAAGAAAACCAGAUGUAUGGUAUAAUGAAAGAAAAUAUCUUCCACGCCGUGUUUUUGCUCAUGUUGGUGGUCAUCAGUUAUUCGGAUAGAGAUCCAAUGGCAUAUUAUCAAACGAAUACGCUAAACAAUGCUCUCAGCAAAGAGGUUCAGGACCCAAAAGCUUUCUGGUCUUAUUUGUAUGGCAGCCUUCUUCCAUUCGCGUAUGAUGGACGAACUUCCAAGUCUGAUCCAGAUCUUGAGGGAUACGCAUCUGACAAAAACUUGUAUAUAGUAGGGAUGCCACGAUUGCGACAACUUCGGGUUAAGAAAGUUCCAUGCUCUGUGAGAUUAACAGAAAACAUUUGUGAAAACUUCUACUCUGCAUUCGAUGAGGUCCAGUCAUUCUUUCUUCCUGGCUGGAAGAAGAACUCGAAUCUGACGCCGAGUGUAUGUCCAGAGCCUUGGCGCUACAAAGGAAUACUAGAACUCAAUGGAAUUCCUUACUGGGGACAGGCCAAUUUCUACGGUGGAGGUGGCUACACUGCAAAUCUUGGCUACAACACUGAUCAGGCUAAUCGAGUUAUAAGUGAGCUGAAAUUGAAUAAGUGGAUUGAUGACCAAACUAGGGCCAUAUUCGUCGAACUGACUGUUUACAAUGCUUAUGCCAACCUUUUCAGUGUAUUAACCCAUCUCGUGGAGAUGCAAGGACUGGGCGGUAGUAUUUCUCUUCUAAGGAUCGAAACUUUUCGUUUGUAUCCCAACCCAGGGCCUAAUAACUCUGUUGUCAUGAUCAGCCAAUUUUUAGUGUUGGCCAUCACUUUUGUGAUGACGUACAUAAACUGUAAAAAAAUCUUUCAUCUUCGCAAGGAGUACUUCCAGGUCUUUUGGAAUGUUAUACAAUUAGUGAUCAUAAUCCUUACGUUCGUUUGUGUGGGUUUGGUAAUAGUACGGAAGAUCGACGCUGAGAGAACUAUUCAAAAAGUAUACGAUAACCCUUUCGUCUUUAUUAGCUUCCAGUAUACCACACAGUGGGCGACAGUGAACACCUAUGUUAUCGCCCUCAUUGUAUUCCUCACCACCUUAAAAUUUCUUUAUCUAAUGAGAUUCAACCGGAAUAUCGUUGUUCUCUAUAAGACUGUUGUGAGGGCGUCACCAAAGCUCAAACUCCUGUCGUUAGAAGCGUUCGUGCUCUUCGCUUCGUUGGUUAGUUUUUCGUAUUUGUACUUCGGUCGAUAUACAAAUGGAUUUGGAUCAUUGCUCCUGACAAUACAAACCCUUCUAGCUAUGAUGCUUGGGAAGGCUUACUUCGUGGAGCUCUCACUAACGGAUUCCAUUUUGGGUCCAGUCUUCUUUGUGGUGUUCGCUGUGUUAAUGGUUUUCUUUCUGCUGAACAUUUUCAUAGCAGUUCUCAUGGAUACCUACGCUGAGGUCAGCGAGGAGACGAAUCUAAACAACAAGGAAUUUGAAAUAGCUGAUUUUAUGAUUCAAAGAUUAAAAGUAAUGGUGGGUGUGAGCAAGCCUAUAGGUCAACCAUGGAAUGUCCCUCGAUUGGAGUAUAUACCCGGGGUAGACGAGGAAACACAGAGGCGACUUGACUUAGAGAAAAGUAUCAUAGAUCUACCAAAGAAAGUGCAAGGAAUACACAGAUCCUUAGUUGAUCUAGAAAGUAUGAGUGUGGAUAUUGAUAUGGCAGAAAAGGAAAUAGUGGAAGCACUCGCUUCCCACUACGAUACUGACAGUUUGAGUUCCGAGGACGAUUCUACCUCCACGAUAGUUUUAGAGCUUCUACAAGAUGACGAAUAAGUUCAUUACGCAAGGUCAACAAUCAUGGAUAAUAAAAAUACUAGUGCUUUUAUCA